AUGACAGGAAGGAAUCAAACUAUCUUCUCAGAGUUCCUCCUCCUGGGCCUGCCCAUCAAACCAGAGCAGCAAAACCUAUUUUAUGCCCUGUUCCUGGCCAUGUAUCUUACUACUGUCCUGGGGAACCUCCUUAUCAUCAUCCUCAUUCGACUAGACACCCAUCUUCACACACCCAUGUAUUUGUUUCUCAGCAACUUGUCCUUCUCUGACCUCUGCUUCUCUUCUGUGACCAUUCCCAAGUUGUUGCAAAACAUGCAGAGACAAGACCCAUCCAUUCCUUACGCAGGCUGCCUGACUCAAAUGUACUUCUUCCUAUUUUUUGGAGACCUGGAGAGCUUCCUCCUUGUGGCCAUGGCCUAUGAUCGCUAUGUGGCCAUCUGUUUCCCCCUGCAUUACACCACCAUCAUGAGUCCCAGGCUCUGUCUUGCACUGGUGGUGCUGUCCUGGGUGCUGACCACAUUCCAUGCCAUGUUGCACACCCUGCUCAUGGCCAGACUGUGUUUCUGUGCAGACAACGUGAUCCCUCACUUUUUCUGUGAUAUGUCUGCUCUGCUGAAGCUGGCCUGCUCUGACACUCGAGUUAAUGAAUUGGUGAUAUUCAUCAUGGGAGGCCUCAUUCUCGUCAUCCCAUUCAUACUCAUCAUCGUGUCCUAUGCACGAAUUGUCUCCUCCAUCGUCAAAGUCCCCUCUGCUAGGGGCAUCUGUAAGGCCUUCUCCACCUGUGGCUCCCACCUCUCUGUGGUGUCACUGUUCUAUGGGACAGUUAUUGGUCUCUACUUAUGCCCAUCAGCUAAUAAUUCUACUCUGAAGGAGACUGUCAUGGCUAUGAUGUACACUGUGGUGACCCCCAUGCUGAACCCCUUCAUCUAUAGCCUGAGGAACAGAGACAUGAAGGGAGCCCUGGGAAGAGUCAUAUGUCAAAAGAAAACUCUCUUAUCUCUGUGUUGGCAACAUUUGUAAUUAUUGCACAGUUUGUUUAGUAAAAAUAUUGAUAUUUAUAUUGGAAUAUUAUUCUAUAUUCUUUCCUCACCAUGGAAACUUCUGUUAAAAUGGCACACUACAUAAUUACUCAAUAUGUAAAGGAAAUGAAGUGUAGCUGAGUAGUUGAACUAGGGAAGAAGGUCUUGGCGACCUGGCUAGACCUUCCUUUGUCUUCCCCAGGUGAUCCUGGAAAAACAUAGUUUAAAAACUAAUGUUUUAAAUCAUCUUCAUGCUUUACAUUCUUAAAUUAAUUAAUUUUUAAAUUAAAUUAUCACAGGAUUUUAUUCUUUUACUCAGAACUCUGCUUUGAUUGUGGUAUCAUUUUU